AUGACCUUCGUCAUCCUGCGGGAGCUGCACGCAAUCAUUGGCAGUGCGCUCGACGACAUUGAGCUUGUUUACAAGGAGGAGAGUGCCCAUGGAGAAGGUUUAUCGAUGCCGGGGAGGUCUCCAGCGGACUCUGUACCACCAUCGACGACGAUGACAAAAGAAAAGUGCUCGUCUUUCGCCCUUGACCAUGGGUAUGCGUCGCCGCCGCCUUCGACAUCCAUUACGACCGCAACAGAGCAUCCGUUUCCUCAUCACCGUUCUUCUACGCCUUCGCCACCCGCCCACCUCGAUUUUCCUGCCUUGGAUCUUCCUUGCGACCUAGCUUCGCCUUCUGAAGUCUUGACGUCUCAUCCUACAGUUUUGCAAGCAAUCAACAAAAUUGUUGCCGCUGCGGGACAAAUGACAGCGACAGUCCAGACGCCUUUUUUGUCGCUGUGCGAUGCCUCGAUGACAUAUCAUUUACCGGCAUGCCUGAGGAUAUUGGAAGCGUCAAAUACGGUAGAGAUCCUCAGAGAAGCUGGUCCUAAUGGUUUACACGUUAAGAUGAUCGCCGAGAAGAAUGGCGUCGAGAAGAGUAAACUAGCUCACAUUUUGCGUCUCCUUGCAACACAUCAUAUACUCCGCGAAGUUGUUCCUGAUGUGUUUACUAACAACCGUAUUUCGUCUUUGGUGGAUACGGGCAAAUCAACACAAGAAGUCAUAUCAAGUCCUCAAGCAAAGUUUCGUGACACAAAUGGGAUUGCGGCGUUUGUCGGGCUUAGCACCGACGAAUUAUUCAAAUCUUCCGCAUAUAUCGCUGAAGCUUAUCUUUAUUCUGCUGACGCCCACAAAAACACGAACGAACCGACACAUGCGCCUUUCAAUUUUGCCUUUGGAUGCGAAGGCGUUGGAUUUUUUGGAUGGCUCGAGGGCGAAGGAAUCAGAGGCGGUCGCGUCAACGGACCUGAGUGUGAAUCAGGGAUGUUGCCGAGAUCAGAGGAGGCGGCAACGAUCGAGAAUCGCUGCGGUCUUAAGCCCUCGAACGUGAAUCCGCUAUUGAAUUCGAAUCGAUACCGACUAGAAAGGUUUGGGACGGCGAUGACUGGGACGGAUUCUUGGGAGGUCCCUGGAGCGGUAUUAAAUGGGUUUGAUUGGCAUGCUCUUCCCCGAGGGAGCGUCGUGGUAGACGUUGGUGGUGGUAUUGGUUCCACUAGCAUGUUCCUCGCACACACAUUCUCGAAUCCCUCCGAUGAGGAUAGCAUUGGAUUAAAGUUCAUCAUCCAGGAUCGACCGGUUGUUGUUGAGAUGGGGGAGCGGCAAUGGAGAAACAAAUGUCCUCAACUCCUGGAUCCAGAUAUCGCCCAAUUUCAAGUUCAUGACUUCUUCACGCCUCAGCCCGUCAGAAAUGCUGCUGUGUACUUUCUACGCGUUAUCCUGCAUGACUGGCCGGACUCAUUCGCUCAGCACAUCUUAUUGCGUCUCCGGGAAGCGGCGGCUGAUGAUACAAAGCUUGUGAUCGCUGAUUUCGUCAUUCCAUUAGCUUGCGAGGAUGACUUCAGUUCAAGGGGGGACAAUGGUGUCAUCGGUGCAGAGACCACGUUAGCUCCUGCCCCUCUGUUACCCAACUUGGGCAAAGCUAGCGCCCAUGUAUAUUGGAUGGAUCUUACGAUGCAGUCCGUGUUCAAUGGGCAAGAACGUACUCUUCGCGAGAUUGUAUCACUUGCGGCUUCCGCUGGAUGGAAGGUGACAAAAUUGACGAAGGCUCCCGGAUCUCUUUUUGGACACAUCAUUGCUGUUCCAACGUCUAUUCCAAUCCAGCAGAGAGCCAGGGCAGGUAGUGGAUCUGUCUUCCCAGACGCAGGGACAUCGGACCUAGGACGUGGAUCCUCCGUUCGGGACAUUACAGACGUCGGAGCCGGGCAAAGAGAGAUUAUGGAACGAGCCAGCUCCAGAUGCGGAACUCCAACAUUCGGCUCACGCACAGAACUACCUCCCUUUGACGAAGCUUAG